AUCAUCAGUUUGACAAUGAUGCUGCCCAGAAUAGUCCACGUUUUUUUACUGGCUCUUUUAAGUCGGUCAGUCAGAGGCUUUGAAAACUUAAGCAAACGCAGAGAGUUUCUUCUCGCAGAAUCUGCGAAAAUAAAUUUAAUGCGAUUGGAUAGCGAGUUGAUCGAUAAUCUAGAAAAAUACGCCGAAAAGAUUGAGGAAAAGGUUUCCAAACUUCAAAGACUAGCUCAGGAGUUAAGAGAACCCUUGGAGGCUGCAAAAGGUAGGGAAGAGGAGUACUUGGGCAACCCACUUCACAGUUUUCCACUCAUCCGACACUUGUACCAGGAUUGGAACUAUCUGGAGGAGUUCAUGAAGAAGCCGGUGGGGGAAGAAAAUAUGCAGUUUUUGAAGCGGAGGCUAACCGAACUGCCCUGGCAGGUGGAUACCGAGGAUGCCACAACCGCCGUGUUCCGGAUUGCAGAAACCUAUGGUAUGAGGCCUCAUGAGAUGGCCCAAGGUCUUAUCGACAAUGUCAGCCUUGAGCCCUCACUUUCGGCUCUAGAUUGCUUCGAGAUCGCCAAGUUGUACUUCAAGUGGGGGUUUUUCAGUGAGGCCCAUAAUUGGUUGGUCAACGCCAAAACUCGGAUGGAAGAGGCCUACUCGGAAGUCCAUGGGGUGCUUGGGCUGACUCUCAAGGACGUGGUCUUGUUGCAGGCCCGCUGUUUGGUGGAGUGGGGUUACAAGGAAGAUGCCAACGAAGUGUUGCUGGAGCACCCUGAUCUGGCAGAGAACUCGACAAGUUUGCUUGCCCAAUUUUCGGCCAACCCCUACAGCGCAGAAGAUUUGUCCCCCCUCAUGAAUAGCAACUACAAAACGUUAUGUCAAUCCACCCCCAAAUGUCGAUAUCCCCCGAAGCCCUCAAGACUUUCAUGUCGUUACAACACGACCACCUCACCUUAUUCGAUCUUAGCUCCACUUAAAUUGGAGGAGAUCUCCUUAAGACCCUUUAUAGCAGUAUACCACGACAUACUGUCGGAAAAGGAUAUCGGGCAGCUAACGCGAUUGGCCGAGUCACAGCUGAACACAAGCAAUGUGUUAGAAAAUGAGGUGGAUGAGUUAAGAAGCCACGGACGCAUCGCUUUGGAAAUCCCUGUACCUCACUUCGAAAUAAACCCAUCUGGAAAUCCAGUGAUAAACAGUCUGACCCAACGGAUACAAGAUAUCACCGGAAAGAAAAUCCGAGACAGAUAUCCUGUCAAAUUGAUUAAGCACGGAUUCGGAACUCGCAUGGAUUUACCUUACAAUUUUAACACGUCGAAUCUGGAUAGUACGUUACAAGCUGGACGGAUUGCCACCCUUGUCUUAUUUUUGAAUGAUGCCCCACAUGGCGGUAGUACUGUCUUUCCGCUCAUAAAUGCCAAGGUGCCCGCGGAGAAAGGUCAAGCUCUAUUCUACUACACUGAGACGAAAACUUUAAACGCUGCCUGUCCCGUUUUUCACGGCUCCAAGCUGGCAUUGGCAGCCGGGAUCAGAGUGUAAUUAAUCUAUAUACACGAUGAAAAUUGAUCAUAUUUCCAAUAGCCCUUUGUGUCACAAUGAACGACUGGAAUUACAUUUACAUUAAUCAUCAACCAUUUAAAAAUGUUUAUAUAUAAUAAAAGAAAGGUCAAAAUACAAUUAAAGUCUCUACUAAAAUAAAACAA